AUGAUUAUUGAACAUCAAGAUGCACUACGUAUUUGGUUGGCAAAGGAAUUGGAACCGAUGUGUGAUGCUGAACCGGAAGCUUUAGCAAAGUAUGUACAAGCAUUGUUAAGGAAAGAUAAACCAGAAAAAGAACUUUGGGAGUUUUGUGUUGAACAGCUUGACGUUUUCUUGCAGACUCAAGCGAAGCCGUUUGUUACGAGACUUUUUGAAGUUAUAAAAGAAAGAUCUUAUUUAAUGGCACAGCCCGGAGCAAAGCCAACAUCCUCAAAUGAUGCAGUUAAUGAUGCUGCAAAAUCAACAGACGUUGCUGGAACAUAUGAGAGAAAGAAGGAUAACGAGGAGCGUAAAGAAGCAAGAGAAAGGGAUGAUGAUCGCAAAAAGUCGCAGAAUGAGAAGGAAAAAGAGCAGAGAAAAGUACGAGAGGAAAAAGAUGUUGAAAAGAAAGUUUCACCUCAAGAAGCUCCGACUAGCUCAACAACGCAGCCACAGCGAACUGCACGAAAAAGAAUUUCACCUCCGGUUGGAUCUAGAGAUGAAGUUCGGCGUGAUGGAACUAGCAGGUUUGAACGAAGACGAAGCCGCUCACCUCGUGAACGUCGUGCAGAGAGGGGUGAUCGUAUUUCUGACAGGCGGAAUCAAUUAAUGCAAACUGCUCGGGGUUCGCACCGCCAGAGCGAACGCUAUAAAGGGGAACGUAGUGAAAGGAUUGAGAGGAAGCGGUCAAGAUCACCAUAUGAACGGCUGAGGCACGACAAAAGUGUAGAGGGCGAACGACGGAAAAAGCGCUGCCGUGACUAUGAUGAAAAAGGUUACUGUAUGAAAGGCGAUCAGUGCAUGUAUGAUCACGGACCGGAUCCUUUGGUUGUUGAUGACAACUCUUUUGAAAAGAUGGUGGCUGGUGGGGCAAAGCCCAAUACAGUAGUCCCUCAGAUAACACCAAAUUUCUCUAUUCCACCCCCCGGAUAUACUCCAGUGAACCCACCACCUCCUGGCGUUGAUAGUGUAUAUAUGGCUAACUCGACUGCAGUUCCUGGUGUUAUCAUAUCAGAAGGAUAUAAUCCGGAAGCGCCCGCUUUAAGUGCCUCAGCUGUCAUGCCUCCGGUGCAGUCUACUGUUCCAAUUGGUUCUGUUGAUUUCUCCGUGCCUCCCCCAACAAUUCAAUAUUCCACUCCGUCAUGGGGUCCUACUGCAUAUCCAACCUCUUCAGCCAAUGUUCUCGUUCAACCUUCUGCCCCUUAUGAUCCAAUCCAGCCUUCUACUACUGUUCCUAUAACAAGUACUGCUGUGGUACAGCCGCAGACGCAGAUUCCUCGAGGAGCAGCUCAAAGUCGGCGUGGCUGGGGUGGUAUUGGCGGCUAUGGUGCUUCAAGUGGAGCUACAGGUGCUGGUGUAAAUAAUAAUCGCACACUUCAGGUACGGAAAAUCCCACCGGAGUUGAACAACAUCACAAAGCUGAAUGAACAUUUUGCUCAGUUUGGACAAAUAAUUAAUAUUCAGGUUUCUUACGAUGGUGAUCUUGAAGCUGCUCUUAUCACGUAUGCCACUCGUCUUGAGGCGAUGGCUGCUUAUAAAAGUACUAUCCCGAUAUUAAACAAUCGUUUCAUCAAAGUAUUUUGGCAUACUCCUAGCGGGCAGUCAUCUCAGAAUGCCAAGGCUACACAGCCUGCAAACGGUUCAUCUGUAAAAUUCAACUCUAAAGGGUCGCUUACAAAAACUGUGGUGGUUAGAAAUCAGAAACCAAAUGGGUCUAAUGCUGUGCAGAUCGAAAGUACUGAGAAAGCUCCUGGAUCUGCUCCUCUUCAGCGUCGCCCAUCACCUUCUGAGGCUGAGAAAUUCGCAGAGGCGCGGCGCAGACGAAAGCUUGCGAAAGAAAACAAGCUGCGUUUAUUGGAUCUGAGCAGAAGGAAGAGUGAUAUUUUGGAAAAACAAAUUGAACAACAGAAAAUUAUAAUUGAAAAGAUGCUAAAAACCUCUAAUGCAGAGACGAAGAAGGAAUUAUUGAAAAUUUUCAAAGAUCUAGAUGAAUCAGUAAAGACUUUGAAGAAAGAGUUGGAAGAUUCGGCUAAAAAAGUUCUGGCUCUUUCGCAAGAGACUGAGGAAGCAAAACAAAACGCUAACGGCGAAAGGAGCGUUGACGCCGAUGGUCUAGGUGUUGUAGCUGGCAUUAAAAGAAGUGCGUCAGACGGUCAACAUCUAGAUUUGGGUGGCAUCAAGAAGCCACGAAAUGUUGACGCAACUCAAGUGUUUGACAAGCGGACGCGGGUUGUGGUCGUACGCUCUUUUGUAGCUGAAUAUGAAGAGGAAGUUAUAAAACAUAUGGAGAGUUUUGGCGAUUUAGAAGAUAUUGAUAUACCUGAUAGAACUCGGGGGAAAGCGAUCACAGCGUAUUUCACCUAUAAGAAAAGGCGCGAUGCGGAGCAGGCUGUUGAGUUAGGGUCACAUUUUCCUUUUUGCUACUUGACUGUUGAGUGGGGUCCAAAAGGUGGUUAUGAGGAGGAUGGCGUGAUUCCGGAUGAAAAAAGACAUCCUGCCGAACGGGUCACUCCAGCAGCCCUUCUUGCCAGCUGUCCUUUAGAUGAGUCCGAUGACGAUGCGAACGAUGAUUGA